AUGGAGAUUGAUUACUCCACUUUAAAACGAUCCACACUUAAAGAUCUUCUGGAAGCAAGAGGUAUUUCAGCCAGCAACAAAACAAAGGCAACACUUAUCUCUGAAAUAAUGGCAGAAAUCCGAGCAGAGGAUGAUUCGGUCACUGCACAGAGGGACGAGACAGACGGAACAGAGCAAGCAGAGUUCCAAAGGCAGCUCUUAUUCAGAUUGUCAUUUUAUGGGGAGAACCCACCAGUGGAAAUUAUCUCCAAGACAAUGACAGAGGUUCAAGAAUUUAUAACGCGGCAAAGGAGACCACAAACACCAAGCCCAGCAGUGUCUAUGGUGCAAGAGGACGCUUCUAUGUUUGGAUUGGGGGCAGUGCUGAGCCAAGUUGGGGCCGAUGGCGGAGAACACCCCGUGGCUUACAUCAGUCGCAAACUGUUACCCAGAGAAGUAAGCUACGCCGCCAUCGAGAAGGAAUGCCUGGCUGUGGUGUGGGCCCUAAAGAAGUUACAGCCGUAUUUAUAUGGACAGGCUUUUUCCCUGCUCACGGAUCACAACCCGUUAGUAUGGCUGAACCGGGUGGCUGGGGACAAUGCCAGGCUGCUGCGCUGGAGUUUGGCGCUGCAGCCUUUUGACUUUAAUAUUCAGUACCGCCCGGGCAAACAAAAUGGAAACGCUGACGGGUUGUCGAGACAAACUGAUUUGGAAAAAUGA